GACAGCGAGGAAAAUAAUUGAUGACGAUUUUCCUCAUAUUUUUGUAGGGAAAAAUAUAAAUAAUGGACAUAGAUUCACUUGACAGCUCUUCUGCGCGAAGUUCUCCGAAGCUUUCUAGCACAAAGUAUGAAGGUUCACCAUUUAGAUUAUAUGUCACUGUUGCAUUUGUUUGUCUGGGGCCAUUUGCGUUUGGCUAUACUAUUGGUUACAGUUCCCCUGCUCUUCCCCAGAUGCAGACAUCAAGAAUUUUAACUAAAGAGUAUGCAGCUUGGUUUGGUUCAUUACUACCACUAGCUGCAAUGUUUGGAGGCCCACUUGGUGGAUGGAUGAUUGAAAAAUAUGGACGAAAAUCAACGUUAUUGUUUACAUCUGCACCUUAUAUCAUUGGAUGGUGGUUGAUAGCUAGAGGUGGCAAUGUCACCAUGCUGUUGCUCGGCAGACUCUUAACAGGAUUAGCUAGUGGACUGAUAACUGUCUGUGCACCUGUAUACAUAGCAGAGGUUUCAACAAAGUCGCUCCGAGGUCUCCUUGGGGCUUGCAAUCAGUUAUCAAUAACUGUUGGGAUUCUCAUGGUUUAUGCCCUUGGACUACACUUUAAAUGGGAUACCCUGGCACUUUUUGGAAGUAUUCCAGCAGGGCUGACGGCAAUUGCUAUGCUCUUUGUUCCUGAGACACCAAGGUAUUUGUUGAUGAAGCAAAGACGAAUUCAAGCUUUGCAAUCUCUUGUCAAACUCAGAGGACCACAUACAGAUGUUGAAGAUGAAUGCCGAGAUAUUGAAGAAGGAAUUGAUACUCAAGACACAUUCACAUAUUCAGAGUUUAAAAAGCCAGAACUAUCAAGGCCUCUUUAUAUUUCACUUGCUAUAAUGUUCUUUCAACAGUUUAGUGGAAUUAAUGCCAUCAUGUUCUAUACGGUAGCAAUCUUCAAAAGUGCAGGUAUUCAGAACUCAGAAUUCUCAACAGUUAUAAUAGGAGCUGUACAAGUGGUUUCUACUGUGGUUGCAUGCUUUUUAAUGGACAAAGCUGGAAGAAGGAGAUUACUGAUUAUUGCUGGAUCAAUUAUGACUGUUACUUGCUUUACUUUUGGUGCUUAUUAUUUUGCUAUCAAAGCUGGGAGAUCUCCUGAAACCUUAAGCUGGCUUGCUGUUGGAAGUCUUGUCAUAUACAUUGUUGGAUUUUCAUUGGGAUGGGGACCAAUUCCUUUAUUAGCAAUGUCAGAACUGUUCCCUGCAAGAGCUAGAGGUGCUGCCAGUGGAAUUGCGAUAUUUGUGAAUUGGCUUUGUGCAUUUAUUGUUACUAAAGAAUUUUCACUUAUGCAAGACUGGUUUGGAGAAGCAGUGACAUUUUGGUUUUUUGGUGCAUUCUGUUUGGGGGGUGUAAUGUUUGUUAUCAAAUACCUUCCAGAAACAAAAGGCAAAUCAUUAGAAGAUAUUGAACUGUACUUCCUGGGACGAAGUAUUACAUAUUCUAGUGUGUAACAAAUAAACUACUAUUGAAACUACAACAAAUAAAGGAUGUAUACAAAGUGAAAUUGGGUACUUCAGUAUAUGGUUAAUUACACAAUGCUAUAUCAUUGCUUUGAUCAUGUUGAUAUAAUUUACAUCUUAGUCAUAUACAUUUAGCUAAAACUUUGGUCUCAUUCUUCAUGUCAAAUGCACAAGAAGACAAUUGUACACUGGUUAUAACUAUAACAGAUAAUACAUGUAACAUGUACAUUGAUGUACAUUGUAUGUUGUAUUAAUUUUUUUUGGUGAAAAAUACACAAUUGUACACAGUUUUUUUUUUAAUUUUAAGGAACGUUUUACAUGUACAUGAGAUUACAGUACAUAUGUAUCUAAAAUUUUAAUAGCUAUGAAUCAUCAUACAGUUAUUAAAAAUGGACAAGGUAAUAAUUAUUUACAGAAAAAUAGAAUUUCAACAUGUGUAUGUAGAUUUCCAACUACAAUAAAUAGAGAGAAAUUUAUAAGCAACUUGUAGAAAAAUCUAAUUUGAAGUUAUUUGUAUCUCUAGUUAUAAGUCAAAUGUGUUUGGUCAUGUUGGUACAUGUAUUGUGUAUAUAUAUGUACCAUGUGUACAGACAAAUGGUAACAAAAAAUAAUUUCAGAAAUUAUCUUUUUUCAGAAACAGCCUUUACCAUAAAGGAACAAAGUUAGUUAUUGGAUAACUUUUUUAGUUCCCCUUCGAUCUUGUGACAGUAAAAGGUUUUGGGGGUCAAAAAAAAUUGUUGUGUCUUUUAAAUUUGGGGAUAUAAAAAUCUGUGAUUUCAGAAAAAAAUGGCUGUGCUCUCCAUUGUUGGUAGACUGUUCUAAGCAUGAUAAGUUGAAAGCAAGAUUUAGGGGAUUUAACCAAUUUUUGUCUCGCAUCUACAAAGUACUGGGACGAGACUUAGGCAUGCUGUUUAUAGCGUCAACAAUUCGUUAAAGUUUAUGAUUUGGUCAGUUUAAGUUAAAAAAAAAUUCUGGUAAGUCAAUGAUAUUUGUUAUGCAGUUGUAUUAGCAUUUGCACGUCUCAUUUCAAUGGAGAUUACACAAUGUUUAUGGCCCAGCCCCCUCAAUUAUGGUUUUGGAAAUUACGUGGCGUCCGUCUGUCUUUGCGUCCAUCCGUCAGGUCUUGUUAGCGCUCUCACGUGUACAAUUCUUGCCAGAUUUUUACGAAACUUAUAUCAUAGGGUUAUAUCAGCAAUGUCUUGGACGAAUUUGAAAAUCAAUGCCGAUCAAUUAUUUUUAAAAGAGUUGUGCCCCUUGGAAAUAUUAAUUAUAUGGGAAAUUGCCUUAUGAGCGCUCUAAUGUAUACAAUUCUUGCCAGAUUUUUAUGAAAUUUAUAUUAUAGGUUUAUACAUGUAUCAUCAAUGUACUUGAAGAGUUCAAAAAUCCGUGCCCAUCAAUUAUUUAUACGACUGCAAAAAAAUUUGCGGUCAUAUAUUGGUAUGACGUUGGCGUCGUCGUCCAAAGACACAUUGGUUUUUGCACUGUUACUUUAGUUUAAGUGAAUGGAUCUCUAUGAAAUUUUACCAUAAGGUUCAAUACCACAAAAGGAAGGUUGGGAUUGAUUUUGGGGGUUAUGGUACAGUACUACCUGUGACAUUAUCUUAUUAAUGGUGGCCAUAAAAAAUAUGGUCACCAUGAUGGCCCUAAAUGUCCAUCAUUAUACCCCCUGCUGCUUAAUUAAUACACAAAGUAUUAAUCAAAAACUAGUCAAGGAUAAAGAGAAAUCAUGACUGCAUUGAAGUGUUAAAAUUACAUAACUUACAGGUAUAGUGUCUCAGGAAAAAUAUAUCACUUUUUGUGUUUGUCUAAUUUAAUAACUGUGAUGAUGACAAGAAAAUUCUAAAAUUAAAAUAAAAUAAUAAAA